AUGGCUGUCGCCACCGGCCUUGACAACGACGUUCGCGGAUGGAUCUUGACCUUCAUCAGCGGUAUUGCCUGCAUUUUUGGAGCGAGCGUCGUCUGUGUCGAUGUCCUUGUACGCAUGCUACCAGGCAAAUCCAACUUUCGCAUUCAAGAAAGCAACGCCUUUCUCGCCUGCUCCCUCAGUCUAAGCUUCGGCGUCAUGAUGUUCUCCUCGCUAUAUAGCAUGCUACCAGAAGCUAGAGACUACCUCAGAGGCGAGCACUGGAAUGAUCACACCGCCGGCCUGCUCAUCAUGGGCUGCUUCAUCGGCGGCUUUGUUGGCAUUCAGGCUGUGUCUCGAUUUCUGCACCAGCACAUGCCCUCUCACGUCGUCGAUUGCGACCAUACCCACAAGGACUCGUCCCCUCUCGAUGACGAGUUUGACCAUGAGCCGAACGGUCACAGCCACGCUCAACACGGUGAGACGUACAACUCGGCGUCGUCUGCCAUGUCACACAGCAGACGUUCACGCUUACCGUCACCCUAUGCGCAAGCGCACUACCACGCGCAAACAUCAAACGGGCUCGUCCAUGACCAAGCCGGCGAGACCACGCCGUUGCUGCCAACCUCGAAACACGCCACGGCAUCCUCCCGCGGUCGCGGCCGCGCCAGAACAGAGGACGUCGAAGGCCCUCGGAGACCAUCCAUGCUCGAGGUCCAGAAGCGGGUCAUGUCCUUUGUCAAAGAUACCAAGUCGCACUGCGACGAAGAAGGCUCCUGCUAUGGCUACUCUGACCCCUGUGGCCAGGAGUGCUUCAAGCACAUUUCGUACCGCGCCGUGAAGUCUAGCAGAUCACAGACCCGACUACGAACGACUAUGGGCUCUAUCCACCCGCCGCACACGUUAACGAACCUUGAAACCGACGUUGACUACGCCGACUCUCUCGUGAGCCCCAUGUACCGCACCAGCCGCGCCACAUCCCGCGAUGCCGUUCUGAGACCUCCUGUCGAGAGCGUCCACGAAGACGACGAGGGGCAUCCUGGCAACGCAGACGCCCACGAUCAUGUGAGUGAAGCUGGCCACAACCACACCUCCUGUGCUGCAAGCCACGCCGAGGACCCCGAGGCGCAGCAACAACAGCAGCACCAUCACCACGUCCCCACCAACGCUUUCCUCUCCAUCGGCCUGCAGACAUCCAUCGCCAUCACGCUGCACAAGCUACCCGAGGGUUUCAUCACGUAUGCCACGAAUCACGCCAACCCGGAGCUUGGCUUCAACGUCUUCAUGGCCCUCUUCGUGCACAACAUCACCGAGGGCUUCACAAUGUGCCUGCCCCUAUACAUGGCCCUCGGCUCGCGCUGGAGGGCCAUGGCUUGGUCCGCCCUGCUCGGCGGCCUCUCCCAACCCUUUGGCGCCGGCAUCGCGGCCCUAUGGUUCAAGCUCGCCAAUAAGACGAACAUCCAGCCCAACGCUGUCGCCUACGCCUGCCUCUUCGCCGCCACCUCUGGCAUCAUGGUCAGCGUCGCCCUGCAGCUUUUUGUGGAGGGCCUGAGCCUCAACCACAACCGCAACCUGUGCAUGUUUUUCGGGUUCCUCGGCAUGGCGAUUCUCGGGCUGUCCAAUGCACUCUUUGCGGGGCAUUAG